AUGCGCCCCAUGUAUGUAAGUAGACUUUCACAAAUCGGAAGGUUUGCUACGCAAGGGUUAAUAUCAAAGUACAGAAUCCCCAUCGCCUGCGACCAACAAAAUUUUUUACAUGUAGGUGUAUGUGUACGUUUUGCAUCAACUGAUGGUAGAAAGAUUGAGGAUACUCUUCGUAUGCUCAAAGAAGAUCUUCAUAGGCAACAUGAGGAGGCUAAACGUGUGAAACAAGUUACGGCUACUACUGAGAUCGCCAAAAAAUUAACUAUCAAAGAAAAAGUAAUUCAUGAGCUGAAGCAUUACUAUCAUGGCUUUCGAUUGUUGGCACUUGAAACAAAACUAAGCGCAAAAUAUGUUUGGAGGGUUCUUCGGGGUAACACCUUGUCUCGGAAGGAACGACAGCAAUUGGUUCGAACAGUUUCCGAUCUUUUCCGAUUAGUCCCGUUCUCAAUUUUUGUUAUUGUCCCGUUUAUGGAAUUAGCUUUGCCGUUGUUUAUUAAAUUAUUUCCAAAUAUGUUACCCAGCACCUUCCAAGAAAAUAGUAAAGAGGAAGAAAAAUUUCGAAAACAGGUCAAAGUUAAAGUUGAGAUGGCUAAGUUCCUACAGGAUACUAUUGAGGAAAUAGGUUUGAAAAGAAAAUCUAUUGCCAAUGCUGAUAGUGACUUGAACGCCCUGGACUUUGCACGCUUUAUUAAAAAAGCUCGCACGGAAGGAGGUUAUGUUUCUAAUCAAGAGCUGUUCAAGUUCUCCAAACUUUUCGAAGAUGAACUAACUUUAGAUAACUUGAGUAUGAGCCAAUUACGGUCCCUAUGUCGUCUUAUGGGUAUCCAACCUUUAGGGAGCCCCGAAAUUUUACGGUUCCAAUUAAAUAUGAAACUUAGAGAGCUUAAAGCAGAUGAUAGAGAAAUUGCUUUUGAAGGUGGAGUGGAAGCUUUAAACUCUCUUGAUCUACAACAAGCUUGUCGGGCUCGUGGAAUGCGUGCCCUGGGUUUGAGUGAAGACAGGCUACGGGAUCAGCUUAAACAAUGGCUAGAACUCUCGCUAAAUGAUAAUGUGCCACCAUCCCUCUUACUGUUAUCGAGGGCUUUAUAUUUACCGGAGGAUAUAAAUUUUGCUGAUCGAUUAAAAGCCCUUGUACAGAAUCUACCUGAUGCAAUUGCUGAGCAAACGCGUCAGAAGCUCACCGAAAUAGAAGGUGGUCAAGUAGAUUAUAAAGCUAGGAUUGAUCUGAUUAAAAUUAUUGAAGAAGCAAUUGCUCAGGAAAAAGCUAUCAAGUAA